GAGAAAUUUUCCAAUUUUCAGCUUUCAUAUCGAAUUGAAAAACAAUCGACUUCUACGUAGUGAUAAAAAACAGCUGAUUGUUUCCAUUGUUUCAAUUUACUUGUUUAUGUAUUAUUUACGCUGAUAUUAAAUGUCAAUGUAGAUUAGAAUAUUAUGAUGAAUAUAUUUGCACUUAAUUUUUAAAUCAAUUCAUCAGUAGUAUCGAAAUCAUGAUUGAUCAGUAACUCAACCUCAACUCUCCAUUGUCCAAUGGCAGUAUAACACAUUAAUGAAUGAAUAUUUCUGAGAUGCUUAUAAGACUUAAAAAUGCAGCAAGACUCCAAAAUACCCGUUUUUGUGUUCCCCAACUCGGUAUCUUUCGUCUUAGAGGACAAGACUACUCACAAACAGAUUCUAUCUUUGUACAAUCCUUACGAUUACACAGUCAAAUACAGAGUGCUAAGCACAUCACCAGAAAAAUAUAUAGUCAGCACGCCAGAAGGAACGAUACCUUCGCAUUAUCGAGCAGACAUUGUUGUACGACACAAUGAAAUUAAACCUUCGAACUGUGACAUCAUCGAUAAAUUUCGAAUACAGAUGCAAGAUAAAACUAACAAAAAAGUUAUCGGAAGACACGACGUUACCGCUAUAUUACGAAGUAAAGUCAACCUAGAUGCUCACAGAUUAACCCCGGAGAGAGAAAAUUUUCAAGUUGUUCCUGGUUCACAUAGUCAGUCAAUGCAAACGUCCAUUUUACCUACAAAUCAAAUGCGUCAAGGUGGUGAUAUAUCCAAUCCUCAAUCGCCCAAUUAUGUGAUUUUGACCAUCGCUGUUGUUUGCAUCGGUGGCUUAUUUCUACCGACGGAAAAAGAAGGAUCGUCUUUUUAUAACGGAUUUCAUAUUUCCAUAGGUUUAAAAUUAGUAUUCUCUUAUGUAUUAGGGUUGGUGACGAUGGUAAUUUUGAAACCAUAACGCUGUUAUUUUUCUUUCAAAAAUUACGCUUCAAAGCUCGGCUUCUUCGUUGGUAAUUUCUAAGUUGAUGCUUGAAAAUGAGUUAAUUGCACCAAAAAAACAAACAAACACAACGAAUCAUGAAACACUUUAUUGUAAAUAAUCAAAAGAGAAAAAAAAAGUUGAAAAGAAAAUUAAAUACAAAACUUAUAUAUUUGUUACAAUAUAUUCUUCUUUUGCAUAGUGGAAAAUUAAUUUUCACUCGGCUAUUUGCGAUUUGAUUCGAAUUUUUUUUUUACGACGCAAUCAAUAAUAACAAGAUAAAUAUGCUGGUUUUCAAAAAAAGAAAAUGGUAAACAAAUUUUUCAGCUCGCAUCUCUUACUAUAAAUACUUUCUCUUUUUCAUUUUUUAUGAAUUAUUUACGGAUGUUUUUUUUACAUGGUUUAUUUUUUUUGUAUUCGUGUAUAAUUUUAUAGGUGGUAUAAAAAUUAUAUGAAAUGUUUGUGACCUGUUCAUUGUAUAAUUUUUAUAAGUUCAAAAUAAAUGUGAUAAAACACGUA